UAUGGCCGAAGGCGGACUCUCAUGUCCGCCAAAGACAAAAUAGCGUGCAACGGCAGCAGAAGCGGACGCGACAGCAGUGCGCCGGCAACGGUCGCGGCGUUAUAUUAUGCCCGUGUCAAAGGUGUUCUAUUGUCUGUUCCUGUUGACGCUACUGGACGCGACGUCGCAGAUCCGGCCGUCGCUGCACGGCCACAACAAUGCCUUUGUUCAGGAUGACAACGACGUUCAAUAUCUUUUGGAUAAUAUGCCAAUAUCUAUGCAUAAGGAUUUUGCUAAUACAGUACAUGGGGCUGGGGAUGCUGCAUCGGACGAAGAUAAAAUGGAAGAUUCGUUCUCUCACAUUUCUUUCGAGCCAAGUAUCUUGGACUUCAAAGAAAGACAACUUGGUAUUCCUCACCAAGAAACUGUGAUCAUGUUUAACAAAGAUCAUAAUAAAACUAUACAUCUUUCAUCGAUAUCGGGAAAUACACGUCAUUUCCAUUCAUCGUUUUUUCAAAACAAAGUAAUUCCACCACUGGGCAACACAACAUUUAAUGUCGUGUUUCUUGGUCGAGACGAAGGUGACAUUGAUACACACCUUUUUAUACAUACUUCAGAUGGGACACUAAAGUAUCAGGUCAAAGGAAUAAGUGUCAGUAGUCCUUAUAGACUCAGACCUGUAGUUGAUGUCAAGUUACCAUUAAAUGCAUCUUUUACACCUCUUAUAUAUAUGCACAAUCCACAUCCAGAAGCUUUACAAGUGAUGGAAGUAUAUAGUAGUGGCGGAGAAUUUCAAUUGGAAUUACCAUCGGGCGAGCCAGAAGGCUCUCGUGAAUUAUGGGAAAUUUUACCUUAUCAAACGAAGCCUAUCAUCAGACUAACUUUUAAUGCUUACGCAGAAAAGAAUCAUACAGCAUAUGUUAGAUUUAAAGUGAAUAACACUGCUGAGAUCCUUGUGGUAGCGGUCGAAGUAGAAGUCAAAAGUGGAGCUGGUCUUCAUUGGGGUGGAAGUUCUGGAAUAAUUAAUUUAGGUAUGGGUGGCUCGUUGCAGCCGCCUAUUCGCCACCCUAUUGCUUUAAAAAAUUCCGCGAAAAAAGCAAUUAAAAUUGUGAAUAUUAUAAAUACACCUGUAUCGAAAGCAUUAAAACUGCAUUUUGAGCCAGCAAUAAUUCCAGGAGAGACAGAUAUACCAAUCGCCAUUGGAAUGCUGGUUUACGAUUGGAAAACCGGUUUGGAUUUGCAACACUUCAAAGGCAAAUUAAUAAUAAAAGCAAUAGGUCCAGGUGGUUCUAGUCAGAAAUUAGCAAUUCCCUGGGUAGCCCAAGUGUUGCAGGGUGGAUUAGAAGUAAACACAUCGAUUACUCAUUAUUGUUCUCCGCAAUCCAAUCAAGCCCGGAAUUUUAGCGUGGUGAAUAAAUUUAAAUUACCAUUAGCUAUUACGAAUGUCACGAUGUGUUCGAACGCGAAAUCGCUUUUUACGAUAAAAGAUUUUAUUCCUAGAGUAAUAAAACCUGAACAGAAGGUCAAUAUAUUUUCUUUACAACUUGCCAAAGAAAGGAAAGGUGAUAACGUGAAGAUGGAGUCGUCGAUAUUGAUACAUUCAAACGUAUCGGUGACCGAAGUUCCGGUGUUGAGUUAUGACGGGAAACUGAAAAAAGUUAUGCCGGGCGAGAAGGAAGACGAUAUGGGAACAAUGAAUUUUGGUACUGUGGGGAGCGGUACCGAGAACGAGGCAAUUUUUGCGCUAGAGAAUCAGAACCCCGUCAAUGUGGAGCUACACAGCUGGGGUGUGAAUAUGCCUGGUGCAGUUUUAGAAUUGAUGGGAUGUCAAAAUGGACCCGCGGAUUUGCUGGAUAAGGAAUUUCGAAAUAUAACCGUGUGCAGCCAUUCUGGAAAUCAAUACAUAAAACCGGAGUUUCUGGCAAUCUUUAAGAUUAAAGUGAAGACUCCAAUGGUUGAGGAGGACACGAUUGUUGGCGAUGUUUUCGUGCGAACGACCUACGAGCGAUUUACUUUGCCGGUGUACAUGCGGGUUGCGCACGGCAAGAUUUCCUUGAAGAAGCUUAUUUUUACUGAUUGCUUCCCUGGAUCGAUCUGUGUGCAACAAGUGAAGGUGCAUUCUACGUUCUCGAGACCGAUGGAGGUGACGCAUAUCGCACCCAUAAACAAGGACGACAGAAUAAAGUACAUCCCGUUGGAGGAAGCUACGAUGCCGGUCAUAUCCAAGGGCGAGAAUAAUGUCGGCUCAAUACAAAUCGAUCCCUCGGUGACCUGCAAGCAGCAGUGUUAUUUAGGUUUAUCACUGGAUACCAACACUGGUAGUCAGUGGUUGAACACGAUGAGCCUUCCCUCGCAUACGCGCGACUCCGAUUUGAAUUUUUUGAACACGCGACACGUGCGCUUCAUCAACUCCACCGCGGAUGGUUCGUGGGAAAACAUCACGAUGCGCUUGGACACGACCGAAGUGCGCAGUCACAAAUUUUAUGUGAACAUCAAACCGUACUGGCCGAGCCUGUUGGCCGGCUCCAGUAGCAUAAGGAACAAGAGUGUCCUGAUGUUCCCAUUGACUCAAGUCGGAAACACGUCGUACAGAGCGAUCAAGUUGCACAAUCCGAGUGCGAGCCCGCUGAUAAUUCAGCUGGUUAUGGAUUGGAACUAUCCUCAAGGAGCGCGUCUUUAUCACUCUUUGCCAAUGAAAUUUAAGCCUGUUUAUGCGGAAUUUUCGUCCACUAUCCCGGAGGAGUUCAAACUAGAAGAGAAUGCGGAUGAGCGAGAAUUGUUUGAGAAACAAUGGGGUGUAACGAUAGCGCCUCAAUCGCUUCCUUUAUAUUUAAACCCUUCGGAAACGCGAACAAUUCGCGUGGCAUACACACCCUUUUCCACUUCGGCGUCGUCUGGUUUUUUAUAUAUUAGAAAUAAUAUGACUAUUUUAGAAGUCUUGCGUAUGAGCGGCCGAGGCGCGAGCGCACAAUUUAGAUUCGGUCAUCGCAAGCCGGGAUCGAUUACGCCUCUGUUAUUCGAACUAACGGAUAAGCAUCUUAAAGAUUGUGAACGAGAUCGCAACAAGCUCGUUACGACUCUCACCGUAAAGCGAUCUUUCACGGCUAGAAAUACGGGGGAGCUGCCGAUCGAGAUUUACGGCUUCUACAUCAACGACUGGCAUUGCGAGGGUUACGGCUUCAAGGUGCUCGAUUGCACGCCUUUCAAAUUGAGUCCGAACGCUACCAAGAGAAUCGAGAUAGCGUUCACCCCGGACUUCACGUUGUCGCGCGUGGAACGGAAGCUGCUGGUGAUGACGAGCAUGGGACCGGAUGCCGGCGAAAACGUUGAGAACGGCGUGGUGAUACUUAAUCUGCUGGCAACUUUGCCGGCGCACUCGUUAAAUUUAUGCGCGUCGGUGCUUGCCAGACCGUCGUGGGAAGGCGCGGUGCAGAAGGCCGCUAUCAUCCUCUCAUCGGUACUGAUGUUGUGCGUCGCCGUGGUCUCGUUCCUCGAAGCGGACCGAAUACUACGGGAAGGCCUGGCCAAUUACUCGAAGGAGAAUCCGGUGCAACCGCCUCUGGAUCUACGGCUGCUGUCGCAUAUCUCGACGCACAACACGACGCAAGGAGGUAAUAGUGGCAGCAGCGGUUGUAUCGUUAACAAAAACGAGAAAAUCCCGACGACAAGCGACGAGAAAAGCAAGACGAAGAAAGACGAAGCGUUCGCGGACUGGUCGUUAAUGAACGUGAAAAAGUGCAAGGACAAGGACGCGCAGAAGGGAUUGAAAAUCCCGGACUGGUCCGCCGAGGAAGAACGUAAAUUUAAAUUGGAUAUCGAGUCCAAAGAUUUGCUGUCCUUCAAACGAAGCGAGGAAUCGUCUAAUGUUAUUAAUAAUCUUAACGUCGCGAACAUGACAAGUACGUAUGCGUCGAAGAAAAAGAAUAAUAAGAAACAAAACAACGUUCAAGAGGCCCAGUCGGACAAUUGUAUGACGAACGAUGCACUCACGGACAUUCAAUUGAUUCAAGAGAAGAAGUAUAAUGUCAACGCAAUUACAAAGUCAAGUCCGACGUCGAACAGAAAAGGAAAGACGCAGUCAACGACGCAGUCGAGUGUCAAAGAGGAGUCAAAGUUGAAUGACCACGAGGUUCAAAUGGACACGACGAUAAUGAAUAACAAUCGGGUUAACAAGUCUGACAACAAGCGCAAUAAACAGACAAACAGCAGUGGAAACAACAAUAGUAACCAUAAUAAUCACGUUUCAUUGAAAAAGCUCGAACAGGCGAGCACUCAAAAGACCGUUCAUCUUUCGGAAGAAGAGACGUCGUCCACGACAACGGAGAGUUCGACUCACGAUGAAACGACAUUGUGUAAAAGUUCUGAUCAUCUGUGUGGGAAACAAGAGAAGCUACAAAGGAAGCCGAUAUCUAAGAAGAGCAAACCUCAGUCUAUUCCUCCUGUGCCAUGCAUAGAUUAUAAGGAUAACUACGAAGGCGACUGUGAUGACGAUGAGUACGAUAAGGAGAAGCAGAAUAAUCCAAAUAGAUGGAAGACGAACACUACUAGGUCCACCACAAAGCAUCAUAUUCAUAACUCACAUACCGUCGAGUCAUCCUUCAAGUCACGUCAAAAUAAGAAUCCGCCACGAAAGGAGAAAACGGUGCAGAAACGUCGUGUAACUGACAAAACACAUGUUAAAUCUCCUCCUGUGAACGGAAACAUAAGUCAAAAAGAGGAUGUAACGCGCAGCAUAGGAGUAAUGCCCACUCCUUUGCCACCACCACCACCUUCCUGCUGGGGCGAGAACAGAGCUAAGUUCAGCGAUGUAGUGGCGCGAAGUCCGGAGAUCGUCUCACCGUUCUCCAAUUUAAAUCACAUGAAUCACAAGAGUCAAACGAGUACGUCAAAUCUGUUCACGGUAUCUGUAUUCAAUACCGAUGUCAAAGAUGUUCAAUGCGCUAAGCCACAAUCGUCACAAGAGUCGCCGCAAACACCAAAGGAAUACAAUUUGAUGUCGAAUCCAGCCCCUCUCUGUAAUACAACUGUGAACAAAAAUAAAUCACUCGAGCCAGAGCCUUUAAUUUUGCAGCCGGAAUCGCAACAUUCGAACAGCUACUUCAUCAAUACCUUCACAGAGCAUCCACAGUUUGAACGCGAGCUGGUGCCAUACGACGAUCUUCCAGAGACCGACGAGCCUUUAGUAGAAUUGGAGACCCCCGAAGAAGACACGCGGUGCCAAUUGUGGGAAGACACUAGUCCAAUAAUAAAUUUAUUGUCAGAGAGUACGAACGGAUUUCAGUUGGAGUCGCCGAAAACCCCGGAGAAACCUGUUUUGUCGGACUUAAAAGAUAAUUGGACAGUUGAUACAAACUGGGAACCAUUGCACACCAGGGCAGCGGUCGGAGAGGAACGUGGCGUAUGGGGAAUCAACACAGGGGGUGUAUGGGCUGCGGCACCUUGGGGUGCGGCCGCACCUCCCAUGAUAUCGCAAACGUUACAGUCCGAGACGGAUACGCAAGAAAGAUCGGGAUUCGAUCCGUUUCGUUCGCUCAGCACAAUAUGGACGCCAUCGUCGACGGAAUCGUGGAGAACGAAACGCGAGGAUUAAUGACUUGGAACUUCGAAGAGGUUUUAUCUUGUGAUAUCUUGUUUCAUGAUUUUUUGGCGAAAGUUGAGAAAAAGAUAACCAAUGGUCUUAAUGACGGUAAAAUAAUAGUCGCGAUAACAGAUUUGAGAAGUCGAAAAUUGUUGUUUUGUUGCUACUGCGCUGAGCGUACUUUGUGAUAUAAUUGUUACUAUUACGUUGUACGAUAGUAACGCAGGUGAAUAGUCUCUCAAACGAAUUAUUUUCGUACAGUCUCUUAAACCAAAAUCUAGAUGUUACUUCUUACUUUCUAUUUCGUUAUUUAAAGAAAUUGAUAUUCUUAAAUUAUUUGCAAAGAUACUUCGAUGCAGGAUAAUCGAAUAUUUUCUUUUUUUGUUUGUUCGUUUGUUUUUUCUUUUGUUUUGGUUUGCUAAAAAAAGAGUGAACAUGACCGAUCAAUUACAGUGAAAUGAAAUAGAAAUAUAGUACAUGUGGAAUUACAAAAUCGAAUAUAAAAAGUGAAAAAGGAAAUACAGUUUCAUAUUGUAAUCACAGCACAUAUUAAUUUAAAGGAACAAUGUGUUAUACAUUGAUUAUACGGAAAUUUAUAAUUUGCUCCUUGACACAAAAUACACUCCUUUAUAGUUUA